AUGUCACAUUCGAAAAGAAACACCUCCCUCGCAUUCUUCACCUCCUACGAACGCUCCCUGCUGAAGGGCGAUUACGGCAGGCAGCGCACGCGGCUGACGCGCGACAGUUUCAAGCCGCUAGAUGCGUGCUCGCUCUGUCUGAUGCGCGCGCGCGAGCCGGUGGCGUGUCCGAUGGGCGAUCUCUUUUGUCGGGAGUGCGCCGUGGAGAAUUUGCUCAGCCAGCGCAAGGAGAUCAAGCGCAUGCAGGCCGAGCUGGACAGGCGGAGGGGGGAGGAGGAUGAGGAGAGGCGGCGAGAGGAGGAGGAGGUCAGGGGGAGGAGCGUGAGGGAGUUUGAGUUGUUGCAGAUGGGGUUGGAGGUUGGUAGUGGUGGGGGGGUUGUCGUUGAUGGGACGGAAGUUGUGGAAGAAGUGGGGGGUGGGGAGGGGAAGAGGAAGAGGAAGAGGAAGUUUGAACUGGACGAAGAGGAAUUACUCCGUAUUGCUCGUGAGGAGAGGACGAAAGCUCGUCUCCUCUUGAAUGGUGAAAAGGCCUUAGCCUCAGCCACUAAACUCCCCUCCUUCUGGGUGCCCAGUCUAACCCCGUCAAUCUCCCCCUCAACCCUCCCGCCCAAGCCUCUAAAGCUCCACCCCGUCUGCCCCGCCUCGGAAAAGUCACACAUACACAAUUACUCCCUGAAAACACUGACAACCGUCCACUUUCACGAGGAGAAGGAUGAGAAGACGAACCAUGGUGAUGCACAGCGCGUAUGUCCAGCGUGCAAACGUGGUUUGAGUAAUUCCACCAAGGCGAUGCUGGCGAAACCGUGUGGGCAUGUAAUAUGCAAGCCCUGCGCCGAUAAAUUUGUUUCCGCUAGUCAGGAGGAGGAGGGAGGAGGAGGAGGAGGCGUAGUCACGUGCUUUGUUUGUGAUGAGCUACUUAGUGGGAGCCUGGGUGAGAAGGAGGAGAAGAAGAAGAAAAAGAAGGAGAAGGAGAAGGAGAAGGCUGAAAGAGGAAUGGUAUUGAUCAAGUGUGAUGGAACAGGAUUCUCUGCCGGUGGUGGGAAUGUCACGACAGAGAAGGAGGGGAUCGCCUUUCAGUGUUAGAUGUGGCGGAGUGUACGAUAUAUGGACUCGUUACAUCCCAGAGCUAAAACAGUCCACCACAGCACUCAUAAUACUCAUACCCAUCA